AUGGUCGACAGUAUCACUCCUUAUGACCCUCGGGUCCAAUACAAGACUGCUAUCCUUAAUGGCGUUACGUACAACUACAUCCUGGCCGAGCCCCUUGGUCAGAUCCUCUACACCAUCUUCCUCAUCCACGGUUGGCCCGAUCUUUCCUUCGGAUGGCGCUAUCAAAUUCCUCAUCUCCUAUCGCUCGGGCUUCGAGUCGUGGUUCCAGACAUGAUGGGAUACGCAGGAACCGACGCGCCUGAGUCCCUAACACACUACACCUAUAAGCGGGCCGCCGACGAUCUGGCCGCUCUCGCUCAACAACUGGGACUUUCAAGCAUCAUGUUGGGAGGACACGAUUGGGGAGGAGCCAUUGUCUAUCGAGUCGCCCUCCACUAUCCUAAGCUCAUCAAGGCCAUGUUCAGUGUGUGCACUCCGUUCGCACCACCCCGAAAAGAAUUCCUCGACGUUACGGUAAUGCCAAAUUUCAAGUACCAAGUGCAGCUCCGUGGCCCUGAAAUCGAAGCCGAGAUUGUCGGAAAGGAGAAACUGAGAAAGUUCUUGACCGCCGUGUACGGAGGACGAACCCCAGAAGGAGAGCCUGGAUUCACCGUCGCCCAAGGGCUCCUCUUUGACGCGCUCCCCAAGAUUACCCCAGGCCCUCUCGUGAGCAAGGAGGAGAUGGACUUCUAUGUCGAGCGAUACGCCUUGAAGGGCAUCCGCGGGCCCUUGAACUGGUACCGGACGCAGGAGCUCAACUUUGAAGACGAGAAGCUGAUGGCGGCCGAGAUGGAGGGUUUCAAGUUUGAUAUUCCCACGCUGUUCAUUGCUGGCGCGAGGGAUGAAGCGUUGCCGCCGUCCAUGUCUGUCGGAAUGGACAAGUGGUUCCGGAGUCUGACGCGGGGGGAAGUUGAUGCGUCUCAUUGGGCGCUGUGGGAGAAGCCCGCGGAGGUCAACCGUUACAUUGAGGAGUUUUUGACCGGCCAGAUCAGCGCGGGGAAGGCCAGUCUGUGA